GGGCACAUCGAUUUCUGUCCGAAAGACUUAACUGAUUGAAACGACAAGGACAAUAUUGUCCACUUGUGUGGGCAGGCUUUGUAACCUGUUGAAUGAAACCAAGGGUAGAAUGGGAGUUUUACAUUCUGGAACACAUCAAAGGGCAACUCCUGAUUGCGAAACUCAUGCGAGUGGACAUUGCUUUGUCUGAAGAGCUGUAGGAGAUUCAUAUUUGUGUAUGUAAAACACACAUGCCGAUUCUUUAACAUUCAUUUCCGAGACAACACGAGUGGAAUUCUGCCAAAUUUAUCAUCUAAAGCCAGCUUCUCAGCCUAAGCAUCUCUUCAUCACAGCUCAGGCAAAGCCUACAGUCAAUCAGAAAGCAAAAGAGAAACAAAGAUUACCUGGAGAGAACAAGAACAGGAGAAAAGAUGGGGUUGACGAUGGAUCAACUUUGAAACCAGAACAAAGAAACAUUGUAGUAUAAAAAUAAAAGUCACCCCUUUCAAGAACCUGGAAACCCCACCAGAUGGAACUUACAGAUUUGCAAAGCAAUAAGCAAACCAACAGCAACAACGAUAACAACGAUUCUACAGAACCCCACCAUCUCCAACAUCAAAAACAGCCAUCUUCUCCUCCUCUUGUUGUGGUCCCUUUUGAUGGCUCCAGAUCUUCAGGUCCUUCUUCUGGCAACCCUUUUAAUAUGGGCUCCAUCUCUCACCUUCACCCCCACCAACACGCUCAUCAUCUUCUUCAUCCUGGUUCUUCAACAACUACCACAACCACAACGCCGCCUCUCUCUUCUUCUUCCUCCUCUUCCUAUUCUUCAGCUUCUACCACUACUACCAACCCACCUCAACUCGUUGACGCCUCUCUCGCUAUUGCCACCGGAUCUACUUCUCUCAACAUCGAUUCCACAAAGAAGAAUCAGCCAAACUUGCCACUUUCAUCUACGACAACGACAUCAACAGCGACGACCACAGCUAACCCACCAGUGAAACGCUCCACCAAGGAUCGCCACACGAAAGUUGAUGGUCGAGGCCGCCGUAUCAGAAUGCCUGCUGCUUGUGCGGCUAGGGUUUUUCAAUUGACAAGAGAAUUAGGUCACAAAUCUGAUGGGGAAACAAUUGAAUGGCUUUUACAACAAGCUGAAACAGCAAUAAUAGCUGCCACUGGAACUGGUACCAUACCAGCCAAUUUUUCAACUCUUAAUGUUUCGUUAAGAAGUAGUGGAUCUACGCUUUCAGCUCCACCUUCAAAAUCUGCUCCUCACUCGUUCCAUGGUGCUUUAGCUUUGGCUUCUCAUUUUCAUCAUCACCCUUAUGAAGAAGGGUUUGCUCAUAGUGCUUUGUUGGGUUUUCACCAUCAGCAGCAACAGCAGCAACAACAGCAACAGCAUCUUCUAGCAGCAGAUCAAAUAGCUGAAGCUUUACCUGGAAGUGGUGGCGGUGGUGGUGGAGAUAGUGGAAAUUCAGAUGAGAAUUAUAUGAGGAAACGUUUUAGAGAGGACUUGUUUAAGGAUGAUAAUCAGCAACGGGGUGAAAGUAGUAGUGGCGAUGGAGGUGGGAGCGGAGACGGAUCCCUUAUUAAGGCUUUUAAAAGUGGUUUAAGUCAACUGCCUAAGCCACAGCAAGAUGCUGGAUCUUCGGGCAUACUUCGACCGUCAAAUAUCCUGCCCGCCACUGCGAUGUGGGCAGUGGCUCCAGGCCCUAGCAGUGGAGCGGGAAGUACGUUUUGGAUGCUGCCCGUGACUGCUGGUGCUGGUGCCCCGUCAGUGGCAACAGGUGCAUCUGGGGCUGCUCCAUCUGAGUCCCAGAUGUGGCCUUUUGGAACAGCAAGUCCUGCAAGUGGGAAUACAUUGCAAGCACCGUUACAAUUUUUACCAAGAUUUAAUCUUCCAGGUACUGUUGAAUUCCAAGGUGGUAGAGCGAGUCCUUUGCAAUUGGGUUCAAUGUUAAUGCAGCAACAACCUUCUCAGCAUCUUGGAUUAGGAAUGUCUGAGUCUAAUCUGGGCAUGUUGGCGGCUCUUAAUGCCUAUUCUAGAGGUGGUUCAAAUAUUAAUUCGGAGCAAAAUAAUCCACUAGAACAUCACCAACACCAGCCUCAAGGUACAGACAGUGCAGAUGAAGACCCAAAUAAUUCUCAAUGAUGGUCAGAGCAUUAAAUAUACAAGUUGAUGUGGAACAUGAAGUUUGUGAUGAGCCGAGUGCAUGAAACAUUUUAGUGGAUUGUCACAUGGAGAGAAAUUGAUUAGGGUUCUAAUUAGGUGCCCUUGUUAGCUUUGUUUGUUCAUUUGAUUUUUAUUUUUGAAUUUUUCUAUAUAACUUAGGUUUGAUGUGGAGAAGUUUGAGUUUGUAAUUUCAGCUGUGGUCCGAAGGGGACCCAAUAGGGAACAGGAAUGAAUGAGAGAGUUGUUUGUAUAGGAGGAUAUAUGUUUGUGCUGAUUAUAGUGUUAUUACUAU